UGUCUGAUAACGGUGAGAGAAACGUUUCGCUUCAGUUUCGGAAAGUUGAGUGCGAUUAGGAUCGGGGAAGUACCUUUCGGUGUUAUUUUAGAUAUCGAGAAUUAUCUAUAUAAAUAUUAGUCAAUUAUUCCCUUCAAUCUUCUCUUUACUCUGCUGCUCUGAUUGUUUGAGAGAAAUCUUAAAUUUUAGUAAAUUUGCCGAAUCUUUAUAGAAGUUUUGUUGGACGCAAGAUAUAGUAUUGCUUUGAAAUCAAACAAUCCUCAACAUGUGGAAAUUAAUAUUUUGUGCUACCAUCUGUUACCUUUUCAUAUUUAUUAAUUCGGAGAGUACUGAUUCUACUGAUGAUAUAAAGCUUGAGAAAAAAGGAAAAAAUUUGACAUGUGGGCAGAACCUUACUCACCCUACUGGUGGUUUCAAACUCAGCAUCACUAAUCUGACUGGUGGUGUUUGUAGAUGGAAUAUUGUACCUGAAAAGGGGAAUAAGACAAUUCAAAUAAGAUUAUUCAUACAUAAUCUUUUCCUUCAUGAAUAUGAUACGGUCACAUUAUACAAAAGCAUUGAAGAAUCUGAUAAUGAAUCUCUGUCUUUAAUACCACCUUUACAUGCUCAAAAUGGAUCUGUCACAAUUAUUACUAAUGAGUCAUCCUUAUGUAUCAAACUUCAAGGAAAUGAUACCUCUUAUAUAAGACAUUUUGAUGGAUUUUUUAUGAGUGAAGCUUGCUCAUUUCCUAUUCCUCCGGAUCUUCAAAUCAUACAUUCGCCAAUUUAUACAAAUAAUGUUACUGAAAUUGAUUGCACGUAUAUUUUUAAUAAAGAUCAACAUGAAAGAGCCAUUCCUGCAUUUAGGUUUGAAGAAUUUAAUUUUACCACAUCUCAAGUUUCUUUGAAAGGGACUACUAAGGAUGGACCUUACAACAAGAAUGAUCCUCCAAUGGACUUCUUUCUAAAGGAUUCCCCCAUGUCUAUUGAGGUUAAGAUGACUCCACCAACUACUGAAUAUUAUCGCUUGGAAUUUUCUCUUGUAGACAGUGCAUGUAGUUACUACAAGCAAUUAACAGCACAAGAUACAAAGUUCAUGUUUCACUCACCACCAGAAGUUUUAAAUAAUGGUUCAAUCAUCACAGAAUGUCGUUGGGUAUUUGAACAUACAGAUCAUACCAAAAUUUUGGGUCUAGAUUUAUUCAAACAUCAUUUUGAUAAUCCUUUGGAUAUAGUGUCGGUUAAUGAUGGAGCAAGUGAGCUUUCAUCACCUUUACUUCAGGUUACAACUUCAAAUGUGAAUAGUACUCAAAGACAAAUAAUUAGAGCUACUGGACCAUAUUUAUGGGUUGCCUUUAAACCUAAAACAUAUGCAUCAUAUUUUUCUGCUAAUGUUACUGUACAUGGGCAAGGAGGACAUUUUAAAGGAAAUGGUACUAUUUCUAUGACUCCUACAACAGGCAAUGAUACUGUAUUUCUCUUGGAAGUGGAUGAGGGUAAAACAGUUCUUCUGAACUUCACAUCUUCUAAUUUUGAAUUUCCUGCAACAUUAAGCAUUUAUGAUGAUUUUGACCAAAGUAAUUUACUGACUAAUCUGCAUGGCAAAGUUUGGUAUCCAGUAUUGUCAAAGUCUUCUAAAAUGAUGAUUAUCGCUUCUGGUUUUUCAAAGGGCCAGUUCACUGCAACUUUUAGUGGAGUGACACCAGGGUGCUUACACAUGAAUACUAUUUCAAUUGAUAAUUAUGUUUUAUCUGGAAACUGCAAUAAUACUUGCAUGUGGGUUAUUCCUCCUCGAGAUAUUCCUGGUUCAGACCUUCUCUUGAAUCUGCAGUAUCUUCAUCUUAGCAAAGGUGAUCAAAUAAGCAUUUUCAAAAUGGAUGAUUCAAAAACACCUCUUGGUGAAGUACAUUCCAAUGUUACUCAUGUUCCUCAGUUGGUGUUCCCUGCCAAUGUUGGUGCACUGGUAGAAAUUAAUCGAGCUGCAUGUGAAAAAGAAAGUGAGGAUGUUGUUGUAGUUGGCCAUUCCAGUUAUUUGCCAGCUUGUGGUCAAAAUUUAUCUUUGUCUUCUCUUGCGGAAUUUCAAGUUACAUCUCCUAUGUAUCCUGAUACCUAUCCUAUUUUAGCCAGCUGCAGUUGGCAACUGAAUAUUGCUAAAGGAAACUUAAUUCAUUUAGCAUUCGAUUCCAUGAAAUUGGCACCUAAUCAUUGUGUUAAAGUAACACAUCCCUCGGAUAAUAAGACCAUGUCAUUUGAUGGAAGCAAGAUGCCUGGGGAUCUUCUUCUUCCUGGUAAUUCAGUUAUUGAAUUUGAUUCUGCUAACUGCCAAGGAUCUAAAUUAGCCAGCGCUUUGGAAUCCGCUGAAGGUUUUGUUCUGAAUGGGACUGUUGCUGAUUGUGGAGAUUCCCUAAGCGGCAAAACCAGUUCCGAGUUUUCUAUUAUACCUAAUAAAACUCUGUGCAUCUGGAAAGUCUCUGUUCCUGAAACAGAAGAUAAUGCAAAUGACAUAGUUAAUAUUAUAUCCUAUUCUGUGAGCAAAAAAGACGAAAUUGGAAAUUAUGAACUUCUUGUUUAUGAUGGAGAUUCAGUGAGAGAACCACGCAUUGUAAACGAUACAAAAUCUGAAAUAUGGAGUCGAACCAACAAUUUGAUAUUUAUUUAUAAACGAAUUGAUGCUACAAAACCUUCCACAAUUUUAACUGUGAAGUACACCACAGUGGGCUGCAAUAGUACAAAUCAGUGUGCGAACAAAAUCUGUUUACAUCCAGACUGGAGAUGUAAUGGCAUUAAUGAAUGUGGUGAUUUUACUGAUGAAAGGAAUUGCGAGUCUGUUCCAAUUCCACCAAAGCAGGAGAAAGGUGGAUAUUCUGCUACUGCUUUUUGGAUCUGUAUAAUUCUGAUGCUUGCUCUUGGUGCUUUACUGGGUGUUGGUAUACCUUACGGUUAUCAAAAGUUCAAGAAUGGACGAUAUCAUCGAUUUGAUGAUCUUUCUGCUAUUCAUUAAAAUGAUGCAUCUUGGAAAGGGAAUUUUUCAUACUCAUUUUGCAUCUAUUUUAAUUGAAUAACAGUACAAUAUCUUAUUUUGAGUUAUUCAAAAUUUGUCUGCUUCUUAAUCAAGCGUUAAAACUGGUAUUUUAUAUAUAGAAAUUUUAAUUUCAUUUACUGUUAUAUUUCAUGUAGAAAUAUAUAAUUAUUAAAACAAAAAAAAAAUGUUUAUUAUGAACAAAAUUUUCAAUUUUGUUAUUAAACAGAUUUAUGUAAAUUCUCUUUAAAUUUUUAAAUUUAAUCAAUCAAUAUGUUCUGAAAUUCAUUGUCCUAUUAUUUAUUUUUUAAAAAAUCAUUUAGCUAUGGCAUGUUUUAGGAUAGUUAAACCUGAAGUGUGUGAUUAUUAUAAAAUUACUGGAAUGUCUUGAAUUUAUAUGUUGUUUAUUCUUAUUGAUUAAAAUAAAUGAUUAAAUUAAAUAAUACUAAUUAGAUUUUCAAAAUAAUCAAACUUUAUUAAAUUUUCUGAAAUCUAAUUUGUAGUAAUAAUUUGCAAAUUUAAGAUUAAUAAAAAUGCUUUUCUAUUCUGGUUCUGUAAGUUUUUUUUAAAUUUAUUAUGUGUGAUAUUCUAAUGAUCCCAUCUCAGUAUCUUAAUUUUUAAAAUUAUGUAGUAAUCAUUGUAUGGGACAUUCAUCAGAUAAAUUUUAAGAAAUUUAUGUAAUGCAUUCUUAUUACAGUAAUCUGAAUUUUUCCCUUUAAAUUUUCAGAUAAUAUUUUUUUGUGUAUAUAUUGCUUGUAUAUCUACUGUGAUAAAUGGUAAGGCAUGAAUAUGUUCUGGUGUAAUAGUUUCCGUCCCUUGGUCCUUUGUCAUAUUUUUCUCCUAUUUAAAAGCAGACAAACAAAAUAUGAUUUCCUUAAACCCAGUGAUUUUGUACUUUUUAGAUUUAUUUAGAAAUUGGUCAAGUGUAUCAGUAUUGAGGUUUCUUUGUAUGGCCUAAUUAAAGACUGAUAUCAGAUGUUUAUGUAUGUUAUGAAAGUGUGGCAAGUCCAUGUUUAUGAAGUAUCGAUGUAAAAUAUUUGUAAUUUACAAAUACAUUUUGAUAUUUUAAUUUGAUGUUUCAAAUUUAAUAAUUAAAGUUUACCACAUUUUCAGAAUAUACAGUCAAGUGAUGUAAAGUUAGACUGAAAUAGUCUGAGCAUUUCUUUGUUCUUUUUAUGUUGUGUUAUUAUCUAUUAAAUUUUGGUGAAAA